CUAAUAUGGCGUCGGAUCAUUAGUGCCCAUGGUGGCGCGGAUUUAUGACGUACACCAGCCCUGAGGUGUUGCCGCAUGGAGCUGUUCGCUGAGCUGAUUGCUCGAGAUGACACCAGGCGCCCAUUCCGGGUCAGCUGUGAGCGGAGCUUGCCCGGGUUAUUGAGGGGCCUGGAGCAGCUGAAGGAGGCCGUGUCUGCCGAGCUGUCAGAGCUGGUCCUGCUGGAGAAGGGAGACAAAACAUCGGCCAACUGCGAGCAGGAGUCUGCAGGUCAGACACGGGCAAAUAAAGGGACAGUAAAGACGCCGUAUACUGGCUGGGUAAUACUGGAGUAUGGUUACUCUGUGAGAUUGGGGGAGGUGGAGGGUAAGAGGUCAGUGUGAGUUGGGCAUGAGUAAUACCUAGGGCAGGGUUUGGCAUCCUUUGGCACUCCAGAUGUUGUGGACUACAUCACCCAUAUUGCUCUUACAGUCAUAAUGCUAGCAAAGCAUCAGGGGAUAUGUAGUCCGCAACAUCUGGAGUGUCGAAGGUUGCCCAGUUUGACAAUAUCUGGAGUGUCGAAGGUUACCUAGUUUUGAGUUGGGCAGGGGUAAUACCUGGGAACGGAAUAGGCAACCUUUGGCACUGAUGUUGUGGAUUACAUCUCCCCUUAUGCCAGGGGUCCUCAAUCUCCGGCCCCCCAGAUGCUAAACUACAACUCCCAUGAUUCUCUGGCUAUCUAUGUUAUUCAAAGAAUCAUGGGACUUGUAGUUUAGCAACAUCUGGGGGGCCGGAGUUUGAGUAAGGGGUAUAUAAGAAGUGGGUAAAGAAAUGACCAGAUGAGAAAGAUUGAAAACCUCUUAGCAACUAACAAUGACUUCCUACCUCCUAAGUCAGGGGCACUCCAGAUGUUGUAGACUACAUCUCCCAUAAUGCUCUCAUUAUGGGAGAUGUAGUCUGCAACAUCUGGAGUGCCCCUGACUUAGGAGGUAGGAAGUCAUUGUUAGUUGCUAAGAGGUUUUCAAUCUUUUUCUCAUCUGGUCAUUUCUUUACCCACUUCUUACAUAUAAAAUAUAUAUAUAUAUAUAUAUAUAUAUAUAUAUAUAUAUAUAUAUAUAUAUAUAUAUAUAUAAUUACUUUUUCCACUUUAAUUUAUUUCUCACUUGUACCUUCCUUUGUCUUAGAGUUGUACCUCUGCUCCUAGUGAUCAGCACUGCUUAUGUAACAUCAGUACAUUGCCGUAUUAUUACUACCGGAGCUGUCCACAGCCACAGAACUAUGCUGAAGCCUAGGAGCACAGGCAUGGCUACAUAAGGAUGUGAGCUGGGCUCUGGUUUAGGAACCAGAAAGUGUACAUCGUAAAAAUGCCAUCCGAUUGGGUUGGAGGCAGCAGAGAAUAUAAAAUUGGACCCAGACAUUAUUUUCUAAAUGGGAAAGCUUGCUGUGAAGAUUAAGAAGAACUGUAGAUGGGAAAGCACAAGUUUGCUAAAUAUCUAGAGUGUGUGGAUUGAAUAAGCACAUCAUAUUUAGAAAUGUUAAAAUGUUGAGGAUGAGUAAAAGUCUAUUUUUUUUUUCUUUUUCUCAAUGGCCUUACAGCAGAAAUAGUUUCAAUACAUUCUGUAAACAGGGAGCGCAAACUCUGUUUUCCCCUUAGUCGUUGAUAGCCUUCAACUCCCAGGAUUCUUUAAAUGCAGUAGAGAAUCAUGGGAGUUAUAGUUCUGCCACAUUGGAGGGGCACGUGGUGGGUUGAGAUCCCUGUUCAAAAGGAAGUAAAUUGUAUACACUAAACAGUGUUCAUAAGGUUUCUGAAGAGUUUAAAUAUUUUAGUUUUUAAGCCAGUGGAAUUAUUCCUAUUUGUUCUCAAAAUCCAUUUUUAUUUUGUUUAGAUGAAGAAGAUGAUAAUGAUGAUGAUGAUGAUGAAGAAGAAGAGGAUGAAAUAGAGAAUAAAACCUCACCUAAUGGUCCACCAGCAAAACGGACAAAGACUCGGCAACAAUGAAAUUCUGUAUGCUAUUGUGAUAUGAAAAUAAACUAAACAUCCUUUUUAUACAAAUAAAUCUCAGGAAUAGUAAUUGGAUUUUAUACCCAGGUGGUGGACAGAAUCUUAACAAUGUCUAUCAAUCUCUUAAUAUCAAGGACCUGAGCAUCAGAACCGUUUCAGCAACUCUUCAAAUAAUGCCAUGUAAGUCCUCAACUUUUUUGUAGUCCAGUUCUUGAAGGGAUGAGGGGUAACAAUUUGCAUUUCAGGUCUCAUACAAGGUCGGUUUUGUUGACAACUGGUGAUUGGGAAGGCUCAAUGUUCAAGGAACCAUUGUAAAAUUUGUUUAGCAGUGCGUAUGGAGAUAUGAUCAGCCUGGAAUAUGGGAACAUCUUGAAGGAGCAAUGUGUGCAUCAUAGGGUACACAAGGUUUUUAUUAAAGGAAAAGUAUGGCAUUAGGAAUUAAAACCUUUAUCUCUAAUCCUAUAGUGUGCCCUGUCCCUACUUUUUUAGGUUCCCCUCCCCCACCACCUAUCUUGAAUGGGUUUAAUACCUUUUUCUUUUUCACUUAACUCUUUUUAGCGAAGAGGCCCCUUGGUAAUAGCUAGAUCUUCUCAUCCUGUGCACACAUUAGUGCUUUUGAAUCUGCAAUGUUUUGCAUUGCACCAGACAAGUUCAGUGAGAUGAAAUGGUGUUGGGUGCCUUUAGUCCCUCUGUAAGUGAUCUCUUUAUCACUAUAUAGAGCAAUUAUCAGACCUAAUUGCUUCCUUGAGAUGGCCACCUGUUAUAUUAAAGGAACACUGUAGGCACUGUCACAACUUAAUGGAACACUAUAGUCACCUAAAGUUGAUUGGACCUUGCACGGCUCCCAUUACGUCAUGAGGGUCGCAGAAAGCUAAGAACAACGCCUGGCACUGGAUUUCAGGUAAGUUAAUCCUGCGAGAGACUACACCUGUGAAGUCGGGUCAUGGCAGCUGAAGCGCCCGGAAGAGAAUGGCAGCGCCCGCAAGGGAUGGAUCCAGGUAGAACCCACCUAGGCCUGCUGCCACUGGAACUCCAGCAUUGUAACUGUUGGGUAUCUUUGCAAAUUAUGCUAAGACCCAAGACGGUGACAGGUCCAUUUUAAACUUGUUACACCCCCAUUGGGAAAGAUAAGUUAUAAAUUGCAUAAUCAUUUAAUAAUUAUUCCUCUCUUCCGUGCGGUAUUGGCUGCUGUGAUCCUGCUUUAGGGUAGUACGUAAACACCCACCUAUUUCCUUUCAUAGCCUAUUUGAUUGACCCUGCCUGCGCAGCACGGCAGUGUUUACCAUAGGAGCUAACAGUUUGUUGCCAGCGUAUCUGUGGACACAGUGAUUUGGAUAGAAUUGAUAUUUCUGAUGGAAUAGUGUCACUUGUGCAUUAACCAUCUUGACAGCUGUAGACUGGAAUCCUGGUACCUAGGGGACUCUUGAUUUAUGUAAAACAUUGGCGUAGAAAGCCAAAGGCUCCAAUAAAGGGGUUUACUCUCACUUUUCAGCUCUAAGCUUGGUUCAUUGAUGUGUUCAUGAAUGAAGCUGCUCAACGCUAGUAUGUAAUUUUUAUUUUAUUUUUUAGAAAAUGUGUUCUUGUAGUUGAGGGUGUAGAUCAUGUUGUAUGACUUUCUGUGGCUUCAUUAUGUAACAAAAAGAUUGUGGGAAGAUAAAACAUAGGAUAAAACAUAAACAAACAGUUCAAUUAGAAAUAUUACUGAUAUGUAUCACCUGCAUAUCUCCAGUUGGACUUUAAGAAGUCCUCAUUGUGCACAGAAACCUAAGAAAUCAUGAUUCCAAAAUGAUCCCAGAGUUCCAAGUUUGACAUGCAAAUGAGCACAGCCAGGCAUUGUGUUUUAGAUGCAGUGGGGUGCAAUGCCCAGCUAAGAAGACAAACGUCUUACAGUGGGGGGUGCAGUAGAGAUGGGGAGCGACCCCCUGAUAAAAAGACAAAGCGUAAAAUAAUUUGAUUUACAAGAGAGGUGCCACAACAUUUGACACCACAAUAGGGAUCAACCGAUAUUGAUUUUUUUUUAAAAAAUUUUUUUUUUAACAGAUACCUUUUAGGCUGUGAACUUUCAGGCAGAUAGCUGAUAAUGUACCGAUAGUGUACAUUUGCCGUUUUGAAAAUGUAAGCUAUUUCUACACAAAUCUACUGUUAACUGACAUGUUUAUUUUUUUUGCACCCCUUUUUUUUGUUAAGGUAAAUGCACAAAAUAUACAUGCCAGUCAUGUAGGGAUCGACCGAUUAUUGGUCUGGACGAUAUUCAGAAUUUUCAGCAAUAUCGGUAUAGGCCGAUACCGAUAUUGCUGAAAAUUCUGAAUAUCGGCCAGACCGAUAAUCAGUUGAUCCCUACACCAUAACAACUACAACACUGUUGUGGUUAUGAUGUUUGGAGUGUUGCUUUAAAUCAACACGUACAUUAGUGAUAAUUAGUGACAUUUUCUUUAUUAGCAAUAAGUGUCCUAAUUUACACCUUCUCUUACCCAUAUCCUGUAUGUAAACCUGAACAUCACCCCUUUAUUCCAUUAAUAAUUUGUAAUAUUCCAAACUAUGACAUUCCGUAGUCAAGCUUAUGUACUUCUUAUUCAUUUAUGGGAGUGGUCAAAGAACAAUGUAUUGACAUUGCAAAUGCCUAAUAUGGUAGAACAGGUAAGGCUUGUUCUACUAAAACUCUUUGCAAGAAAGUGUGUGUACUUAUCAAGGACUAGAUAUGACUACUCGUAGAUUAAACAUAGUAAAAUCAAUAAAAAUGCUAAAAUUGUAUUGAUAUCCUUUCUGCAUUUUUAGAUAAAACAGAUGAUACGACGAUAUCUGUAAAUGUUAAUUUAUUUAAUAGCAAAAUUACAUUCUAUUCAGAUUUGUGAAGGGUUAAAUAAAGUAGCAGUUUAACACUUGUCCUUUGACCCAAGGAAUGAGACCAAUCAAUUACAUGAAACAAUUAUUCCUUUAACUUGGCUGAACUGUCUUUUGAACCCUCACAGGGUCAUUCACUAAAUUAAGAAGUCAAAGUGUAGUUCAAAUUUAAGGCCAAAGUAGUCGAUACUGAAAACAUAGCGGAGUUUGAUUUAUUUCCCCCCCAAAAGUUUUAGAUUCACUUUGAAGUCUCACUCUAGUGCAAAACCAUGUCAGUGUGAGUAGUUUGUGUUAACCAGACAGGGUUAUUUAGUGAAAGGAGAGUUGCCAGGAAUUCAAUAUGAAUCUUAAAAUUAGCUGAACUGGAACUAUAAAUGAACUUGGAGAAUGUUUCCAAUUCGGCUAUUUUGGCCUCAAAUUUGAAAUUCGCUUUAAAUUCCAGACAGCCCUCCCUUUAGUAAAUAAACGCAAAAAGAAAUUUCUGACCUGUCUUACUUGAUGCCUUUUGGUUUGCGGAGCAAGAUGGUAGAUGUAGUAGUUCUGCAGGUAAAAGGUUACCAUUUUUUUUUGGUAGCCAAGUGAUUGCCAUAUAUGCUUUACCUAGAAAACUGUUUUUAAGUGGGUGAGGUCAUCUGUGCUCAUCAAAAAGAAACACUUCAGUCACCAUAACAGCCUGCUGUAGUAGUUAUGGUGGCAGAAUGUUCCUAAAAUCAUUCCAAAGUAACUAGUUAAAUUUAUACAGUUUGAUAACUUACUGGUGGCUUACUUGACAGCCAUUGCCGCCUCUCCAGGAGUAGGAAGCUUCUGCAGGGCCAGCUUAUUGGCAGAGAGUGUUGGGUAAACAGAUCUUAAAUAUUUUCAACUCCUUACUGAGUGUGACAUGGCAGGUGUUUACUAAUAAAGCCAUUACUUCUCUGGAGUAAUAUGUAAAUACUGACUCCGAACGAGCGGAUAUUCCAGUUACCAAAUUCCUGUAAAGUACAUAAUUACUGUAAAAAAAACAAAAGUGGUUCCCUUGUAUAUUACACAAGCUUAACUAUUAACCAGUCUCAGUUUAAAUGACUGAUUCACUAGGUAUAGCCCAAAGUAAUAUUUAAACUUCAGUUAGUGUAAUUUCCAUUUUUUUUUUACUGCUCUGUUGUGCUGAUUGUACUUCCUGAUGUAUAACACUUUUUUUUGUUCAGCACAGAUUGCAGUUAUUUAAUACUAGUACUUCUCACUUAGUGAAUAUGUCUAUACUGACAUGGUUAUGCCUGUGGAUUGGUAAAUACAAUGCUUUUUAAUUUUUCUUCCCAAUUUGGAUAUAUGGGCCUAGAUUUUCAAUUCAUUGGUAAUACCCAGUCCCCCAAAAAUUAGUAAAGGGACAAAAAUAUUUAGCUUAAUCAAAUGGUAGUGGUGUAUAGUGGUCUGGCAGCGUAACUACUAAAUUCUGUUCCAUGUAAGAAGUAAAGUAACACUUCAAACACAGUAACCAUGUAGUGGUUAUAGUGCCCUCCAUUGUAAGUAGUCAAAUAAUUUUAUAACGGUUUGACUGCUUAACUGGGGUCUAUUGUGUGCUGCUCCCGACCUUAUCUACUCUGCCAAUCUGAUGGUCUCUCUAUCAUAUUGUGGAAACUUCUUUGUAGAGUUAAAAGGGGAGGGGGGGGAAGAGAAAAGAGAGAUUGGUCUGGUUGCCUGUUGUGUACCUUUAAACCUCUGAUCCUUUAGCUACACUCAGACAAUGCCAUGGAUAAGAAAAUUCUAAAGGACACAAAAAAAUUGUUCCCACUGGUUACUUUUAUUACUUGCCAAGCUGCUGCAGUUAGUUACAGUGAUUAAUUCUAUAGGUACCCAAAAACUGUGGAAAACCAACACUCAAAGUCCAUCAUUCAAACACCAUAUUCCAUUUACUGGCAGUAGUCUGGGAGACCUAGAACUAAACAGGAUGUAACUAGCGAGUCAGACCAUGGGACACAUACAAAGACAAGACGCAUGAUUCAAUUUGAAUAAAACUUUGAAAAUCUGGCACUUAUUUACUGUAACAUUACAAUACGUUUAAAAGUGCAAAAACAUGUUUUCCCAUAAUUUUUUUUUUUUUCUAGAGACACAAUUAUUUUAACCAUAUUCAGUGCAGUAAGAUAUACAAUCUCGCCCCCCUGUCAACCACUACAUAAACUAUACCUAAACGCUUGUUACAGUGGCCGCAAGUAGGACAAAAACUGAUUAUUUUUGGUAGAUUUUCAACCGUCCAUAACCCCACUACCUGCUGGGAUGAAAUAUUCUUUUGUGGCAAUUUCUCCAGUAAGCAAGAGGAUUAAGUUACAGUCACUUUGAGAACAAUUUUUUAGAUAUUAAAAUAUUGCCAAAAAUACAAUGAAGAUGACAGCUGCAGGGUGUUACAGAGAUAUAAAACAGAUUGUCUAAAUUAAGUCUUGCUUAAUCCAUAUGUAACCCUUUAAUGUCUGGGGGCUCUUACACCAUUUGGGGGGGGGGGGAAGGCAAGGAAUUGUCAAUAUGAAAAAAAGGUUGCUUUAAUCCAAAAUUUGGGGAUUUGUUUUUUGCAAACUGCUUAGUGAUUAAUAUUGAACUAGCCCUUCCAAAAAGCCAGUGGCAGAUUUGGUUUCUUAUGUAAUAAAUUCAAUCAGUUAUUACCGAGCCUCUCUCAAUUAUUCCUAUUUUGAAAAGUUUUAGGAUUUAGUUAAUAUGUAAUUAAUCAGUUAAGGCUUGCAGACAUACAUAGCACAGUGAGUUGAACCGUAGAAUUCCCACAGCGCUGUAUGGAGAUCAGAAUUCCUGGGAUAACAGGAGAGAAAGGAUCGGACACACUGCGGUCUUCACUGUCAAAAUAUGGUGAUGACAGACAGCUAUGCAUUGCAUUAGACUCCAGCAGCAAAAGAGCCAAGGGAAAAACAAAUGUGUUGGUGUACAACAAGCAGUUAUGUGUUGUUAAGUAUCUAUCAAUUGCAAUCUGCUGAUCUGAUUUGAGGCUUUGACCAGCGACUGGUGUCGGUUGCAGAUCACUGUCACACAUAUGGGAAUGAUGCAAUAUCCAACGGUCUUUGGGUCAGCCCUUGUGCAGGAGUAUAGAAACAGGAAGACUUGAAGGUAGGGGAUUAGGAAAAGGGUGGCCCACAGCCAGAAAGGUAAAGAAAGCAGGCGUGCUUUUAGGGACUGAGUCCAAGACAUCCUGUUUACAGUCUCUUCUGGCUGGACCUGAACAUGCUCCAAGGCAAGUCUAUUGUAAGUAUCAUUCAUUUCGAAGACAUAGUAAAACACAGCAGCGCUCACAAACAGGUAGAGGCCAACACCGAUCCAGCCCAUCCUCUGGCGGAAAUUCAUCAUUCUCCAUGCUCCGUCCCUGUGCAAGUGCAGCGUGAAAAAAGAAAAAAAGUUUACUGGUUUCAAACGCUUAGAAAGGUAUCAAACAAACACACAAAUAAUGUCUUGUCACAUGUGGAAAAAAUAGGCAAACAGUGACUUCCUGGAGAUCACAUGAGCAAUGGGGACAGAUGUCUAACAGUACGACUACAGCAAUCUACAGCUAACCACACGGAUCAACUCAAACAGCAUAUGUCUUGUGAUUAGUUAAGUCAUGUGAUGGAAAAAGAAACCAAAAACACUUAUCUAGAUUUUAUCAGAUAGGAACAAGAAAAGUCUAUAUGGAACUCUACUGUCCUAGGCCAAAUCGCAGUCUCAGAAUUGAAAAGCAGUAACAGAUUCUCUGAUGUCCAAGCCAGUGCAGUAUGUCUGAUUUCCUGAUAACUGGUUCAUGGGGCUAGCUGAUAUUCAUUUCAAGUACUAUAUAUUAAAACACCAAUACCAGCUUCUAAAUACGGACACAAACAUCCCUUCAAGAAAAAAACAAAAAAACAUGGCCUGUACUUUCUUAAAGGGCUAACAAAUGGCUACAGUACCAACCCGUCCUAUGAAAUCACCUAUUUAUAUUUACAAAAAGAACAACCAAUGAUUGAAAGAACACUGCCAACAAUAACAAUCAAUAAGGAGACACUAUUUUCUUUACAAACAAACUUGAAACCAUUCUUAUGUGUUCCUUUACUCCUUAUCCCCCUUCUUUUGUCCUUUACCCCCAGCCAAUUAUGCAGUGUUCCUUUCUUCCUUUGAUUUCAGCCAUAGGAUUGGUAGAAAUCUCAGGCUUUCCUUCACUGUCUCCUUAUUAACCCACCUCCUAGUCUGUGUUCCAGCAAUAUUCUGCAUUCCCUCCAUCACCUGCUGGGUAUUGUCUCUUCACUGUUGCUUUAUUUUCCCAUUGCCUUAAUAACAAUAGGGGUCACUCUCCCCUGCAUUCUAGGGUGUCUCUCUCAAUCUUCUCUCUCCAACAGUCCAGGGCAGGGGUGCCCAAAAGGUAAAUCCCCAGAUGUUGUAGAACUACAACUCCCACAGUGUUUUGUAUGACAAAGCACAAUGGAAUCUGUAGUUUUAAAACAUCUGGGAAUCUAACUUUUGGGCACCCCUGGUCUAGGGUGUGUCUCUCUCUUCUAUAGUCACAGUAUAGAGUGUCUCUCUCCCCUAAUGUAAGAUCUCUCUUUCUCUCCUAUAGUCACUGUCUAGGUUUCUCUCUCCUUUAGUCACAGUCUAGGUCUCUCUCUCCUAUAGUCACAGUCUAGGUCUCUCACCUUUUCCCACAAUGUAAGAUCUCUCUUUCUCCCAUACAGUCACUGUCUACGGUUCUCUCUCCUAUAGUCACAGUAUAGGGUCUCUCUCUCUCUACUACAGUCACAGUCUAGGUCUCUCCCCAUCUCCCACAAUGUAAGAUCGAUCUCUCUCUCUUUCUCCCCUAUAGUCACUGUCUAUGGUUCUCUCACCUACAGUCACAGUAUAGGGUCUCUCUCUCUCUACUACAGUCUAGGUCUCUCCCCAUCUCCCACAAUGUAAGAUCGAUCUCUUUCUUUCUCCCCUAUAGUCACUGUCUAUGGUUCUCUCUCCUAUAGUCACAGUAUAGGGUCUCUCUCUCUCUCUCUACUACAGUCACAGUCUAGGUCUCUCCCCUUUUUCCCACAAUGUAAGAUCUUUCUCCCCUUCAGUCACUGUCUAGGGUUCUCUCUCCUAUAGUCACAGUAUAGCGUCUCUCCCCUUCUCCCACAAUGUAAGAUCGAUCUCUCUUUCUUUCUCCCCUAUAGUCACAGUAUAGAGUCUCUCUCUACUACAGUCACAGUAUAGGGUCUCUCUCUCUCUACUACAGUCACAGUCUAGGUCUUUCUCCCCUUCUCCCACAAUGUAAGAUCUCUCUUUCUCCCCCAUAGUCACUGUCUAGGGUUCUCUCUCUCCUAUAGUCACAGUAUAGAGUGUCUCUCCCCUUCCCCCCACAAUGUAAGAUCUCUCUCGUGUACUCCUUCAUUCUCUUUCCCUCAACCAUCGGCUGGGGAGAGGGAGAGGGAGAGGGAGAGAGAGAGAGAGAGAGUGAGAGUGUGUGUGUCUCUCUCAAGCUGGGGUCGCUCUUCUCUGUGUUACUUCUUUCUCUUUCCCCAGGAACAAUCUAUUGUCCCUCUCCGGUCUCCCUCCCCUUUGUCCGGUUGUCUCCGGCCCUCCUUACCUAUAUCAGUGGAGCUCUGAUGUGUCUCUCCAGGGCUUCCCUUUCAUCAAGCUGCAGCCCUGUGACGCCUCUAUCCAGUAUCCAUGCCUAAAGCAGGAAGUAAGCCUUCAGCGGCCAUAUUGGGUGUGGGCGGAAGUACUGCCUGUUACCCGGAAGUAAAUAAGAAAAAAAAAUUCAUACACUAUAAACAACCACCCCGUGCCCCCUUCCCCACACACUGCCCAAGUAGCCCCCAUUAUACUUCCCUUUAUAAGUCACACCACAGUAUCUUAUAUGAGACUAUCCAAGUAUCCUAGAACAGCCCAGCCUGGGCUUCUAAUAAGUCACCCAGCUGCGUUGCUCUAUUUACCCAUUGCAUGUUUAACCUGUCACCAAGUUUGCCCUUAUUCAAUAUGGCUUCCAAUGCCUCUUCCAAUGACGUCAUCCUACAGGAACCCUGAGGCGGUUAGUGUGACCAGCGAGUUGGACUCUUGGAUAGAAGGUCCCUGGGGAUCAUUGUUGCCAUCACAGGUAGAAGAGAGAACUACAACCCAACAUUUGGUUUAUUUCUGUGAGAAACUCCUAGCCAGUCACAUUAUACUGCCACUCUCUCUAGGGGAAGCUGUAAGUAGUGUUUGUUUUCUAAUAAAGCACCCACAGGGAUAACACUCAAAGGACAGGUGUUUUAAAUGUCCACAUCUGUUUUUAUUCACAAGGGCGAGGGGGGAUAACAUUACUUUAAUAACUAUACUAUAUAUAUAUAUACUUUUAUAAUGAUAUUCCUGAGUAAAGUACACUUUAAUUGGCGACAGCCAUAUUGUGACAGACCAACCAACUGCUUGGCCAGAUACAAAGUGAAAUAUUCCACAAAAAAAUAUCAAUGUGCAUCAUUUAAAAAAAUUAUCAUAGAGCUUCAUUAAACCCACAAUGGAGGGACAAAACGGGUAUGAUGAUAUAAAAGGUCACUUCACUGAACUACUUACUCUGCCAUGGGUAUUUAUAAAAUUGGGUUAAGGCUUCCUCCCCAAUAGACGAGUUAAGGGAACACUAUAAUUUUAGGAGUCAAAUCUGUAUUCCUAAUGUCAGAGUAUCCCUAUCCCUGAGAGUGUUAGGUCCCCCUCGUUUGGCAUUGAAAGGGUUAAAAACAACAACAACUUUCUACUUGCUUUGAUAAGGGUGCCAAUGCUCGCUGGUGGCUGCUCACAUCUCCUCUCCAGGCGAGGUAGUGGAGGAGGCAUGGUCUCCUCUGCAAUGGUUCAAUCUAAUGCUACUCGUUGAGGAAAAUUAGGGACUUAAUGCACAUGCGCGGUGAGUCAAUGCUCUUCUAAAAAGCUUUCACAUCACGCGGAUGAGUUUUACUGCCAGUAUGACAGCCACUUAUGUAGGAUUUAACCUUGCAAUGUAAACAUUGCAGUUUCUCAAAAAAUGCAAUGGAUUACUUUGCAGGUUUAAGGAGACAGAAACACUGUAACCAGACAACUUAAGUUCCUUUAAACUCGGCUAUAUAAGAUGGUCGCAUAGAGACCAUUUGAUUGGCGCAGUGCAACUUUUUGCCAUGCAUGCGCUAUAGCCUCCCAAUGUUUACCUAUGGGGAAACAUUGAAUUGCCCGAGAUCGUCAACGAGGCCAAGUGGUGUCAUGGAGACUGAUGCAGUUGAGCCUGGAAGGUAAAUAAAUCUCACCUCACAUAACGAUGUGGGUGGGGAACAACGACACCAGAAUAGGUAGAUUAAAACUACAGCAUUCUGAAUAUAUGUGUGAAAUCCUAACGCUAUUAUGUUCCUUUAAAAGGUUUUUAUUUAAUGCUGAACACCGAGCAGCAAUUUAAAGAAUAAUUAACAGUGGGAAUAUGGUAGUUACUCUCCUAGGACCUAAAGCCUGCUGUUAUAGUUUCAGCUUUGCAUCAUCUCUGAAAAAUGUCCAAGUUUGUAGGCAUCUUAUUGUUCUGCUUUUGGUGGUACAGUUCCUUAUUUAGCAUCCUGUUCCACUGUUCUGAUUUGGGUAUCCCAGAGACCUGUCCUUGCAGCCCUAGGACAGCAUUUGACAAAUUUGCUUGGAAUCUAGGAGCCACUUAAAGUUAGGAACCAGUUAAAAAUUUUUUUUACAAAGUAUUAUUUUCAGUGAAAAAAAUACAAAUAUACAGUUUAAUGUAGUGGUUCUGGUGUCUAUAGCCUGUACCUGCAGAGAAAAGGCAGUUUUUACAUUGCUGCCUAGUAACACCUCUAGUGAUGACCAUUAGAGAUGCUUCUGAGUCCAGUGCUGCACCAUGUGCAGCACUUACAUUAUGUUACUCCACGUUAUGCAUGUUCUCCAUAAUGAUGCAUUGACUCAGAGCAUCUCUAUGAUGAGAUGUUGAUUGGUGCAGCAUGGCAUUUGCUGCGCAUGUGCAGUAACCUAAAUGCUUUCUUAUGGGAAAGUAUUGGCUUGGUUGAAAUCCCAUGCAAGCCCCGCACAGCAUGAGAAAAAAAGUGAGUACAAACACCUUUCCCAUGUGAUCUGAGGGGAACAAGUCACCUGAACAGACACACUCACUGGCAGACAGAAACUCACUUAGAAACACUUACUGACAGACCGACACAUACUCAAGGACAGAUAGACAGACACACAUUCUCUCACACACUCACAAAUGAUACAUUUUUAGAAAUAAAACAAUUAUUAUCAGGGCGGUCUUUAACACUGGGCAGCUGCCCCGAGCCCAGUUACACAUGGGGACCCCAAAGCAGCUGCCCCGUGGGCCCCGCUGCCCUCCACUUUUAAUUUAUCUUCCCCACGGGCCGCUGAUGCAAUCAAGUGCCUGCACUCUUAAGGAGGCCCACCGGACGGCCCAUGCACUAAGGGAUACCCAGUGGGCAUAUGUAAGCAGGGGCCCUGGCUUUUCGGCAUAAUGGGAGGAAGUGACAGCCGCAAGUCACUUGCUCCCAAAAAGGAAAAGGGGAGCUGGGCCGAGAGAGACAAACCCCAACUCCCAGCAGCAUAAGCCACCAGUGUGGACAGUGAGGAAACCACACUCCAAGGUAGGAAACUGGAGGAUGUGUUUAAAAGUGCAAGUUUGUGUCAGUAUGUCUAUGUAAGUGUCUGUGUGUGUCAGUAUGUAUGCCAGUGUAUGUGUCUGUCUAUGUUAGUAUGUCUGUCAGUGUGUGUGGGUCAGUAUGUCUGUCAGUCUAUGUGUCUGUGGUGGGUUAGUAUGUCUGUCAGUGUUUGUGUCUAUGUGUCUGUGUGUGUCAGUAUGUCUGUCAGUGUAUGUGUGCGUGUCACUAUGUCUGUCAGUGUAUGUGUCUGUCAGUGUGUUUAUGUGAGCGUCAGUAUGUCUGUCAUUGUGCGUGUCACUAUGUCUGACAGUAUAUAUAUGUGUGUGUAUCUGUAUGUUGACAUUGUGUGUGUCUGUAUCUGUAUGUUGUCAGUAUGUGUGUCUGAGUAACUACAUGUGCGUCAGUGUUUGUAUCUGUGUGUCUGUAUCUGCAUGUGUGUCAUUGUGUGUCUCUGCAAGUGUUUUGGUGUAUAUCUGUGUGUGUGUACGGGUAUCACAGUGUGUGUAUGUUGCAGGGUAUGUGUAUAUGUACAAAUAUCUCAACAUUCAAAUGUCAACACUACAUAUAAACACACUCCUGCAUUGAAACGUCAACACUACACACAAACACAAUUCUGUAUUUUACACCAAAAUUAACCCCUUAAGGACACAUGACAGAAAUAUGCCGUCAUGAUUCCCUUUUAUUCCAGAAGUUGUGUCCUUAAGGUGUUAAAUAUCAAUAUCAAUACACCCCUGCAUUCGAAAACAAACACUGCACCUAAAUGCAUACUUACAUUCAAACGCCAGCACCACAUACAAACACACCCCUACAUUCACACAAACAUUCUCCAUACAAAAAACAUGCUUACAUUCAAACACACAAACACUGCUCGGUGCUAAACACAACCAUGCAAGCAUGGGAAAAUGGUAGAGCCCCAGCUGUCAAAGCAUUGUUAGAGUUGCACAACCUUUUGGCCAUUCUUGCGGUAGGGGUGGAUUCCCCCCAAAAUCUUGCAUUAGGGCACUACUUUAGUUCCUCCACUGCAUUGGGGUGGAUGGCAUGACUGCAUGCCUGGGAGUGGGAGGGUGCAAGGUCCAUGGGGCCCACGAAAAUGGUUGCCCAGGGUUCGGUCAAUAUUAAAGGCGGCCCUGGUUAUUAUUGGUAUAUUAAAACAUAUUUGAUACAUAAAAAUCUUUGGUGCUUUUUAUGUAUCAAAUAUCCUUUUACUCUAUUAAUAAUAUAAGUGAAGUUUUACUUCUGGUUUUGUUUGUUCGUUCUUUAGUUAUGGGUUAUCCCCCAUUUUUGCAUCCAGUAACUUUGAUCUAGCUCCACCUUCCUACUCCUAGUCUAUAGAUAUCCUAUUGCUUUGGACUUUUCUGCACGUCAUGCACAGACUGCAUCAAAAUGCUAAUAGCUGCCAGUCAGCGAUCUGAGUUAGGUUCUGCCGAAUCUGUGUUGGAAUGAGUUUGGACUGUUAUAAUAGACUGUAUUCACUGGCAGCAGCAUGUUCCAAUACUUGCAGCCUCUAACUGCAUUCCAUAUUCAUAUAAAUUUGGAAAGAUCAUGCAGAUAAUGGCCUUGGGAGCCAGGAGAGUCAAACCACUCAAAAACUGUUUUACCAAAGCCAAAGACUCUUUUUACAUUUUAAUUUCUAAAACAAGCGAUGGUGGUUGUAGAACUUAGACUGGCCAUUUAAUAUUCCUCCCCUGAUCUUGCUAGUUGAAUAUAGGCACUAGUUUUCAUUUGGGACGAGCAUGAUAUGAACAUGUUUAGCAUUAUCUUAAACUAAAACCAUUUAUUUUGUUAAAUUAAUGCAGGUAGGCUCCUGCAAAGAGUGUAUGAAAAUCACUUUGUGCAAAUGGGACCCUUAAAGGGAACCUGAAGAUCAGUGCAUGGAUUAUUCUAC